UAAGAUAUUAUUAAUGCUACCUGCAAAAAAAAAAUUCUAUUUACAUAUGCUAUACACCUAAUUGCUUUAUAAAAGAAGAAAAAAGAGGGAGCUAAAUUAACUUGCACCAUGCCAAUGUGUAUAUAUAAGCAUUUUCAUUAGAGCUUCGGCCAUAGGUACAUCUUUUCAGUCAUUCUUUAAAUUAUUUAAAAAUGGAUUUCGAUAAAAUGUUACUAGACUUUGGUGAGUAUGGCUUAUACCAAAAACAAUUAAUCUGGUUAGUCGUUUUACCAUGUGUUUUGCCAUGUGGAUUUCAUGCUUAUAAUCAACUAUUUAUGGCUUCCACUCCCGAAUAUUGGUGUAAGGAUGAAUAUCAUAUUAAUUCUACAUCUAAAAUUAAUCAAUGUUCGGAUUCAAUGAAUAACACAUGCAAAUUCUGGGAUUAUGAUCACAGUCGAUAUUUAUCUACAAUUGUCACUGAAUGGGAUUUGGUAUGUUCAAAACAGUUUUAUCCAACUUUUGCUUUAACUAUAUUUGGUCUUAGUGGUUUAUUUGGUAUGUUGCUAUUUGGAUUUAUUCAAGAUGGACUUGGGAGACGACCAGCGUUUUUCAUUUAUCUAUUUAUCGAAUGUAUAUUUGGUAUAGCUACUGCAUUUGCCAAGGAUUUUUGGAUGUGGCUAAUCUUCAGAAUUGGAGUAGGAUUUACUGUACCAGCAAUUUUAGCAACUCCUAAUGUGCUCCCUAUAGAAUUUGUUGGCCCAGCUCAUCGAACUACAUGUAUUCUACUUACUAACAUAGCUCAUUCUGUCGGUAUGGUUAUUUUAUCAUUAGUCUUGUAUGCUUUUCGUGAUUGGCGUCAACUUGCUUUAGCUACAUCUUUACCAUUUACUGUUUAUUUCCUUUACUGGUGGAGUUUUCCUGAAUCUCCAAGAUGGCUUUUAGCAUGCGGAAAGUUUGAAAAAGCCAAAACAAUUUUAUUAAAAAUGGCAAAAGUAAAUGGAAAAGAUAUUUCAUUGGAUUAUAUGGACCAAUUAAAGAUUAAAUAUGAAGAGGAAUUUAAAAAUCAAAAAAGUAAAACUAUCAAAAAAUAUAACGUGUUUCACUUAUUCAAGACACCAAAUUUACGUUUCAAAACAAUAGCAAUAACUUUUAUAUGGUUUGUUAAUACUACUGUUUAUGUUGGACUUUCUUAUUAUGCACCAGCUCUAAGUUCUGAUGAACAUUUAAACUUUUUCUUGGCUGGAGCUGUUGAAUUACCUACAUACAUAGUAUUAUGGCCAGCAAUGGAAAAAUUUGGCAGAAAAAGUUUACUGCAUAUCAGUAUGUUGAUUGGAGGGUGUGCUUGUUUAACUGCUACUUUUCCCAUUCUAGAUGAUCAGUGGACCUUAAUAAUGUUUUGUAUUGGAAAAAUGGGAAUUUCGUCCUCUUAUGUUAUUCUUUCUUUAUUUGCACCAGAAUUAUAUCCAACUGUAGUUAGAGGUUUGGGAAUAAGCGUUAGUUCAGUAGCUGGUAUGAUCGGACCUGUCGGUCUUCCUAUUAUUAAUUAUGUGGGAACUGGCUCUCAAUUAUCACUUAUUGUAAUGGGCAUCUUGCAAAUAAUUGGUGCUUUUGUUACACUUCUUUUGCCAGAGACGAAAAAUUGCCAUUUGCCUCAAACAUUGGAUGAUGGAGAAGAGUACAAGUGAUAAGCAAAUUCACAUUUAGAUUUAUUUAUGAAAAUUAAAAUAUGUAAAUUUUCAAUUAUUUAUGUGGCAUGUGCCUAAUUUACAAUUGUAUAAAUAUAUAUUUUAUUUUAUAUUAUAUAAAAGAGGGCCCUUUUAUACUUAUAUAAUAUAAUAUAAUAUAAAUAUAAUAUAAACCACGGUCAGGGGCUAUCGCCUAUCACCUUUCCGUAGUUAGUAUAGCUAUAAGCUAUUAAUAAUAAUUCGCAUACAAUAUAAGUAGAUUUAGUAUUAAAUAAAAGAAAAUG